GUGUCGUCGUGGAGUGCGUCAGACGAGAUGAAGCUCCAAUUAUUAGCGCUGCUCGCGGCGGUGGUAGCGGGCGACCGCAGCAGCCCCGCUGCACACUCACACGUCGGCCCCUCCAGCUUCCAGCAUUCCUCCCACAGAAGUCCUUCUGCAUCCUUCAACUUCAAGUCUUCGUCUAAAUCCUUCACUCGACCAAUUCGACCUCCCACUUACAAGCCCCCGGUGCACUCACGGGAGCCAUACCGGAAAACGACGCCGCCUAUGUCUUACCCUUCCACCACCACAACAUUCCCGGUCUACGAACCUGUUCGCCAUGAGACACCUUCUCCUCUUUACGUAACCCCAAGCUACUCACCACCGCCAACUUACCCUGUGAGCAGAAACACCCCUGCUUACGGGGCGCUGCCUCCCCAGAAACCAGGUCCACCCCAAUACGCGAACUCGUACGAAGACAUCCCGGCUUGUGCACACAACACCUCGAAAAGUUACUGCCUCGAAGACAACGAAUACCCGAUGUAUGAAAUCCAAGGGGCGGCUCAAAAGAACAGCGAUAAGCUCCUUAAACUUUACGCAGACUUUGCAGACCUGAACACGGUGACGUCAGUCGAUGGUUUGCACGACGUCUCCGAGGAGACGUAUUUAUGUGCGUCAGAGACAGCGUACGUUCGUCCUCUGCGAGCGGUUAACACGGAUGGUCGCUGGCGUAUUGUAGUGAACGCAAUCAAAGUAAACUACGAAGACAUCACGCAGACGGUGAGGCUAGAGGAAUGCUUGCAGCCGGGCCAGCCUUGCCCUCUGUUGCCGAGUUGUUACGAGUCCUCAUGCACGCAGAAAUCUACGUACCACCGCUUCCUCGUGUACGAUCCCUACGACGUGUACUUCCCCUUCGCCGUCGAGAGCUUCAAGCUGCCAGCCGCGUGCUCGUGCUUCCUCGGAAGUUUCCUUGUACACUAGAUAAAUUAUUUCUUUCAAUUUCUCAUUACCUGACGCCAGUGAAGCACAAAAUUCUCUAUUAUAACAGGUUUGUUUGGCUGAACUGGCGACAAUCCGGUAUAUUCCAGUUGCCUCGCUCUUUCCUAAACUUGUGUUUAAAUUCAUUUCUUCAUGUCUCGACAUUAUAAUGUACUCAACUAGCGGAGGAUGAGGUGAGACGGGAGCCCUUCCCACUCUACAGCAAAUAACGCUAAGUUGUUACAACGUUGAUAACGUUAAAACAACAUUUAAUCAACGUUCUUUCAACAUUGAUUACGUUAAAACAAAGCCUAAUCAACGUUUUUUCAACAUUAGAUGCCAUUGGAUUCACUUGCUCACAAGCGAAGGAUCAGCUGAAGUGCUUAUAGUCUUCAAAAUUAAUUACUGUCAACUGGCGAAACAUUAUUUAAACUGAAUAAUUUCGGCACCUGGCGUUUAACUCUCGAAUAAAUUAGCCAACAAAUUAAAUAAUAACGGACAAUAUUUAAACCAUUCUUAAUUAUCUACUAUCUCUUCGCUAAUAUCAACUAUUAGUAAUUUAUAAAUGCACAAGUAAUUUAUUAAAUAAUUGUUGUGAUUAAUACUCGAACGUAAUUAGAUUACGAUGUGAGUGCGAUUUGCUUGGUACGCAAAGAAAACAGUUCUCUAUCUGAUAGCAUUAGCUCCGUAUUUUAAUUAUACUAAAAUAUACCGUACGAUCCUCUC